CGUCAACAUCGGCCUUUGAAAAUUCCACGUCUCGUUCCGGAGUCAUAUUUACAGAGUCAGAAUGGCAGUUGUUGCCUGUGGCCUCAAUGCCAAUGGCCAGAUAGCACCAGCUGGUCCACCGCUCUUAUGCUGCCCAACACCAGUAAAAGAUAAAGAGGAAGUGUGUGAAGUACACAUUGCUUGUAGUCACAUUCUUUGGAAAACUAAAGCUGGUUGGCAAAUGACUGGUUAUAAAAAUCAUGAUUAUAGUCUGGAAAAAGAGAUGGAACAGGGAUGGAAGCAGAUAUCCACAAGCGAGAUGAGAAUAGCUGCCAUAAAAAAUGACGGGACUGUAGUUCUGCGUGAAAAGGGGCAAUGGAGGAAGUUGUUCUUCCAGAGGGAUACUGCAAUGGAUUCAGGAAAUUUAGGUCCCUCAGUGCAGCAGAUUGAAGAUCAGGACAACACAGCAGAGAGUGAAAGUGAUGAACCUCACACAACAUCUGAGACAAAAUUUUCUUCAGUCUGUGUUGAGGACAACUCUCUUAUUGCUCUUGAUGAAGAUGGGAAGUUGUACAGUAGUGGCGUUCCUGUACCAUAUGGCGGCAGCAGAAUCAGCGUUGUUGCACUGGGGAAGGAGCACUGCAUGGCACUAACAACAGAUGGGGUAGUGCUUACAUGGGGCAGUGGAAUGCGAGGUCAACUAGGCAAUGGAGAAUUGUGCCAGAUCGACCGUCCAGAGCCAGUUGAGAGUCUCCAAGGCAUAACCAUCUCCUCCAUAGCCUCUGGGGGAUGGCACUGUGUCGCUCUGAGCACAAGUGGUGACGCAUACACCUGGGGCUGGAAUGAAAGCGGCCAGUUGGGCUUCCCAGCCAAAGCAGAUCAGGAGGCAUCAAUCUUGGGAAUGUUCAGCCACAACUGCCUAUGUCCCAAGCCAGUUCAUAAGACAGACACAAUACAAGACAUGAAGGUGAGAGAGAUUAGAGCCAAUGAACCAAGUGAUGACGAUCGGCAAGCAUCUCUCGAAGGAACAGGAGGCUGCCGACCUGAUCCAAGAGUCAACAGGGUGUGGGCCAAGGAUGUUGUGAAUGUGCAGACCUCACCCAGGCUGUUGGACUUCUGGAAUGAAGAUAUGGCUAUCAUUGAUGUAAAAUGUGGAGAUAGACACACAUUAUAUCAGCUUGAGGAUGGGAGUGUAUGGUCCACUGGCAUGAACAAGUAUGGCCAGCUUGGUUUGGGGGACACAGCUGAGAGGAAUGAACCCUGCCUGGUACCAGUCAAAGGUGUCCGAACAAUGUUUGCUGGGGGGUGGAUUUCCGUCUUUAUUACAACAGACGCUGGUGGGAGAUAACACGUGGUUACUAGUUGCUGUGUGUAUGUGUGUAUUAAUGUAAAUUUGUAUGUGUUUUUAUAUCUGUGCAUAUGUACAUAUAAAUCUACAAGUGACCAUUGUUUUUCGUGAAGAGAUGAAAUGUUAUUCUUUAUUAAUAAAUAGAAAUUCAA